AAAAAAAAAAAAAAAAAAAAAAAAAAAAAAAAAGGCAUGCACUGCAUACCAUACCGCUAUCUGGCUUGCGACGCGGCUUAUCGCCCUAGCAGAGCUCAUAAAUGAGCACCGAGGGCGGUCGCAUCCGAGUCGUCCCCGCUGGUCUCCCUCCGUAGCGAUGUUCUCCACGCUCACGACAACUGUAGCACUUGCUCUGGUGCUUGCGAGCUCCCAUGUCCUCGGACAACAACAGGUCAUGCCAGCGUCACCGCCGUGGGAGUACGAGAAAGAGCCUGAGGCGGUCAACUUCACGCAGCUCUUCUCGUCGGAGGGUAUCUACCAGGAGGCAUGGACUAGGGAGUCCUGGAACGGCCUCACUACCUUUGCGCGUUCCGCGCCUCUCAGGUGCUUCGGUGUAGACUCGGAGAGCCCGUAUGAUGUCGCUGUCAUCGGUGCUCCAUUUGACACUGCGACAAGCUUCCGACCUGGAGCACGGUUCGGCCCCAAUGGCAUUCGGCAAGGUGCCCGUCGCUUGGGCAUCGAGCGGAUUAACGUGCCCAUGAAGAUCCGUGUCUCCGAUUACCUGGACAUAGUUGACUGCGGCGACGUUCCAAUGGUCUACACCGACAACAAGGUCGCGUUGCGCCAGCUCGAAGCUGCAAACAAAAUGCUGCUCUCCAAGACCAGCCUCCGCUCCUUCGAGGGCACCAGUCUCGCGAAGGACGGCAAGUACCACCCUCGUGUGCUGACCCUCGGUGGUGACCACACAAUCACUCUCCCGUUGCUCCGUGGUGUUGCGGAGGUCUACGGCCCUGUCAGCGUCAUCCACUUUGAUAGCCACAUCGAUACAUGGAAGCCGAGGGCAUGGGGCGGUAGCCCAUGGCUUCCGGGUGAGGAGGUUCCUGUCUCGCAUGGCAGCUACUUCUGGUAUGCGCAUAACGAGGGUCUCCUGGCACCCAACAACUCCAACAUCCACGUCGGCAUCCGGGGCGCUCUCAGCAGCUGGGACGACUACGAGAACGAUUACGAGGUUGGCUUCGUCAUCUCGCACGCCGAUGACCUCGAGGAGGUCGGCUGGAGAGGUGUUGUGAAGAAGAUCCGGGACACUGUGGGGGACAACCCUGUAUACCUCACUCUGGAUAUUGACGUUAUUGACCCUGGCAUGGCCCCUGCCACUGGAACCCCCGAAAUCGGUGGUAUCACUACAAGGGAAAUCAAGAAGAUCAUGCAGGGUCUUGCUGGCUUGAAGAUCGUCGGCGCAGACAUCGUAGAGGUUGCACCUGGCUACGACACUCAAGACGAGAUCACGCAGAUCGCUGCCGCCAACAUUGGCUACGACAUCCUCGCUCUAAUGGCGAAGACCCCUUUGACGGCGUAGACGCCAACGAGCUACUGGCUGAGCCGGCCGUUGGAAAUG